AUGGUUUGCCAAGGUGCUAGUGAAGGUUUAGAAGUUUACAAAAAAAUGGGAAUCCCACCACCAGUUUGUAAUAUUAAACCAACAUAUACAAAAUUAUUUAUUAAUAAUGAAUUUGUUGAUGGGAAGAAUAAAAAAACUUUUGACACAAUUAAUCCAUCGACAAAUGAAGUUAUUUGUUCUGUUGCUGAAGCAGAGGCUGAGGAUGUUGAUUUAGCUGUUUCAGCUGCCAGGGAAGCUUUUAAACUUGGAUCUGAAUGGAGAAGAAUGGAUGCUUCUAAACGUGGAGUUCUUUUAAAUAAACUCGCUGACAUUCUUGAACGUGAAAAAAGUACUUUGGCAUCACUUGAAUCAUUGGAUAAUGGAAAAUCUUACAAAGUUGCUUUGACUGUUGACAUACCAUUUAGUGUUAGUAUUCUUAGAUAUUAUGCUGGUUGGGCUGAUAAAAAUUGUGGUCAAGUUGUUCCCGUUGAUGGAGAUUUCUUUACUUACACAAGACAUGAACCUGUUGGUGUUUGUGGAGCUGUUAUACCAUGGAAUUUCCCACUUUUAAUGGCCAUUUUUAAAAUUGCUCCAGCCUUAGCUACAGGAAAUACCGUCGUUUUAAAAGCAUCAGAAGAAACUCCAUUAACUGCUCUUCAUCUUGCUUCCCUUGUUAAAGAAGCUGGAUUUCCAGCAGGAGUUGUUAAUGUUAUUCCCGGAUUUGGACAUAAAGCCGGUGAGGCAUUAGCUAAGCACCCUAAUGUUGAUAAAAUUGCUUUUACUGGAAGUACUGCUGUAGGAAAACUUAUUAUGGAAAAUGCUGCAAAAAGUAAUCUUAAGAGAGUAACAUUAGAACUUGGAGGUAAAAGUCCAAACAUUAUUUUUGAUGAUGUUGAUCUUGAUGAAGCUGUCGUUCAAGCUGUUGAUGGAAUAAUGUUUAAUAUGGGCCAAUGUUGUUGUGCUGGUUCAAGAACUUUUGUUCAUGCAAAAAUAUAUGAUCAAUUUAUUGCUAAAGCUAAAGCUUAUGUUGAGGCUAAAAAAAUAGGAUGUCCAUUCGAUCCAACUGUUGAUCAAGGUCCACAAAUUAGUACUAAACAAAUGAAUACAAUUAUGUCAUAUAUUGAAUCAGGUAAAGAAGAAGGAGCUAGAUUAAUAACUGGUGGAUCAAGAUUUGGAGAAAAAGGUUGUUUCAUUCAACCAACUAUCUUUGCUGAUGUUAAAAAUGGAAUGAAAAUAGCUAAAGAAGAAAUCUUUGGACCUGUCAUGUGUAUUUUUAAAUUUGAAGAUGAAAAAAAUCUAGUUGAUAUUGCUAAUGACACUAUUUACGGUUUAGCUGCUGGUGUUAUGACAAAUGACGUUAGCAAGGCACUUUAUGUUGCUAAUAGCAUCCGAGCUGGAAGUGUUUGGGUUAAUUGUUAUAAUGUUACAUCUGCUGCAGCUCCAUUCGGUGGAUAUAAAAUGUCUGGUAUUGGUAGAGAAUUAGGUGAAUAUGGUCUUCAGGCAUAUACUGAAGUUAAGACUGUAACAAUUAAAGUUUCACAAAAGAACUCAUAA